UGGUCUGCGGCAGUUUGAAAAGCAUUUCUAGAUUGCGACGAAAUGGCCCGUUCACAUGUCAGGUUAUUAUCAUCCAGCAUCACGCAUGGUUUAAGCACCCAAUGUUCGACGACGGACCAGGCCUUUGCCUGGCCACAUCAGCCUUGGCAGUAGCUUUUUUAAGCUGUUGUCGGAAAUAUUGGCUUAAUCGUUCGCAUCCUCCCCUGCCGCCUGGUCCUACUCCCCUCCCAAUAGUGGGAAAUAUUCUCAGUCUUGAUUCCGCUCGACCUUGGCUGACCUUCAACGCCUGGAGAUCCACAUAUGGCGAUAUCAUAUAUGCUCGUCUGCUCAACAAGCCUGUCAUCGUGAUAAAUUCUGAGGAGAUUGCGAAAGACCUUUUUGAAGGCCGGUCCACUAUAUAUUCGGAUAAACCCCAGUCCAUUGUCUACGAACCCUUCGCGUCGGACUUCAACACAGGGCUCAUGCCAUAUGGAGACAGGUGGCGCCUUCAUCGACGCAUGUUCCAUCAGGCAUUUCGUCAAGCUGAGAUACCUACUUAUCACGCUUUGACACUCCGUUCCGCCCACAAAAUGCUGUUUAGUCUUCUACAAGACCCAGGCAAUUAUCCAAGCCAUGUCAAGAUGUUCACCGCUUCCUCUAUACUGUCUAUUGUGUAUGAUUAUGAAGUGAAAGCCAAGGACGACACCAUUCUCCACGUCAUUGAAAGGUACCUGGAAGUGAUAGUAGAAAUAUUGACGCCAGGUACUACUGUAGCAAUUGAGACAUUCCCUUUUCUUUUGAGACUACCUAGCUGGCUUCCCGGUGCCACAUUCAAGCGAGCAUCAGUGAAGUGUCUGAACGCAGCCCAUGAUGUGAAGGAGUUACCCUUUCAAUAUGUCAAAGAGAAGAUGUCCACUGGCAACAUGGAACCAUGCUUUGUCACUGAGACCUUGAACAGGGCGGGGCUUUCUGUUGAGGACGACAACGUCAUUACAACUGCAGUCAAGGAAGCUGCUGCCAUUGCGUUUGCAGGGGGGGUUGAAACGACUACCUCCACGUUACUUGUGUUCCUUCUUGCUAUGGUGCUCCAUCCAGAAGCACAAGCCAAAGCGCACGCGGAAAUUGACCGUGUCGUUGGAAAAGAUAGACUCCCCGGUUUCGACGAUAGGCCUGCGUUGCCUUACGUGGAGGCUAUUUUGCGUGAAACACUCAGGUGGCACCCUAUAUUUCCGUUGGGCGCCCCUAGCGCAACAACGACUAGUGACAUCUACAAAGGUUAUUUCAUCCCCAAAGGGGUUGUUGUGUUUAAAAAUACAUGGCGAUGACACAUGAUGAAACGAAGUACCCCAGUCCUGAUUAGUGAUGUGCGGGCCCGGCUCGGCCUGAAAGCCCCGGCUUAGGCCCGGCUUUGGGGGGCUUGGGCUUUGCAAAAGCUCAGGCCGAGCCGUGAGCCCAAGCCAGGCCAAAGCCGCGGCUCGGCUUGGGCUCAACGACGGCUUUC